AUGGCGUCUAUGGCGUCUAUGUCGACCUGGCCCCCUUCGACCAUGAAUGAGUUUGGUAUCGCGACUGUGUCUCUUGGAAACUGGAGGGAGCAUCGGCUUACUCCUCGACUCGAAUCAGCUGCCAAGGCCGGUUACCAAUGGAUUGACCUUUUUGACGAGUGCUGGGCUGCUUACCUGGAGGAACGUGGGCUCCCUGGUGAUCAGCUAUGGGAACCAACUCCUGAAAAUCUUCGAGUCGCCCGCCAACUAGGUGACCUCGUGAAGUCGCUGGGAAUGCGCAUUGCUUGUACGCAGCCUCUUCGCCAAAUCGAGGGUGUGAAGGACCCUGUUGAACGCCGAGCGACUCUUGACUUGGUCGCCAAACGGUUCCCGUUCAUGCGAGCCUUCGACACGGAUCUUGUCUUCAUGUGCGCCAACAUUCGCACCGACGAUGGAGUAACCUCUGAUCUGAAAACGGUUUCUCGAGACCUUGCCCAGCUUGGCGACAUGGCUGCGGCGUAUGCAAGCAAGGAUGGAGGACGGAUGCUGAAGAUUGGCUAUGAGGGUCUCUCCUGGGCCACGAGAAACACAUGGUCAGCCUCGUGGGAAGUUGUGAGGUUUGCCAACCGUCCAAACGUUGGGCUGGUCGUCGAUGCAUUCAAUGUUCUAGCGGCAGAGUUUGCAGAUCCUUACAACCCAGCUGGGCAUGGGCGCAUCUAUCCAACUCUAGAUGAGUCUCUCGACAUUCUCACUGGGUCACUUUCUUCUCUGGCUCGCACCAUUCCGGGUGAUCGGAUUUUCUUUUUCCAGUGCGGUGAUGCGGAACUGAUGAAUCCAGAGACAUUCCAUCCACCGACUGACCCAUCCACCCCAGCACUUCUUCCUUGGUCGAGAAAACAUCGCCUGUAUCCGUUGGAGCAAUCACUCGGGGGAUAUAUGCCCGUGGAACUCGUCGCUGCUGCCGUGUUGGCGACGGGGUAUACAGGACCGAUGUCCCUCGAGGUCUUCAACACGUCUCUGAACCAGCCCGGAGGCGACGUUGCAAGGGUCCAUGCCUCUCGGGGGAUUGUCAGUCUUCAAAGGCUGACGGAGGCUGCGAGAGCAUUGCCUCCUUUUUGGGAGAGCCAAGCCGAUGCACAGCAAGCGAUAACCGACGUCUCUCGGCGGUUGCGUGCAUCAAGUCAAAGGCUAUAG